AUUAGUAUAGAAAGUAAAUGCAAUUUAUCAAUUCAAUUAUGCGUAAUCCAUAUUACUUUGCGAUAGAAUAUACGGUGCUGUUCAAAUAAGAAAUCAGAAUCGGCAGCCGCAUUUCAGUCCGUUUCUGGGAUUUCAAUUUCAGUCACAGACACAUCGUCGGAGAUCUCACCGUCCCGUUUGCCUCCCCACUCCUCGAUUUCUUGUCUCGUCUCAUUCCAUCCAUAAUCAGGUACUCUCCUUUUUGACGGUCUGGGAGAUAAUAAAUGUCAGAUAUGGAGGAUGUUAAACAUCAAGAUGGAAAUGUGGCCGAGGAUAAUAACUCUGCCCCGCCUUCUAAAGAGGAGGUUUUGCUCCUCUACUGCUCUGCGAAGAAGCUAUGAAGAAAAAGUAUGGUGGCAUCUUGCCUAAGAAACCACCACUCAUUUCGAAGGAUCAUGAACGUGCAUACUUUGAUUCAGCUGAUUGGGCACUUGGAAAGCAAGGUGUUGAGAAGCCCAAAGGACCACUUGAGGCUCUUCGGCCUAAGUUACAGCCCACGCAACAGCAAACACGAUAUCGGAAGUCUCCAUAUGCACCAGCGGGUGGUGAAGGAGGUGCUACAUCUGAGGAUGCAGCUUCAAACGAAUGAAAUGGAAAGCCUGCUAUUGAUGGCCCUGACAUGGUGAGAGAGACUCCUGAUUGUCAUUCUGGCUGCAUGCCUCCUUGCUUGGGUGAAUGAGGAAAGUGUCUGAUGCUGUCGAGAAUAAAGUUGGUUUCAUGUUGCUGAAUUACUUAUGGAAAGACCCAAAAAUGGCUUUACAUUUCUAUUAAGUCACCAAAGGCUCUUUUCUGUGUCGGUGUACCUCUUUACAUGCUCUACUAUAUUUCGGCCACCCUUUUCUUUUGAAGCAAUAUUGCAGUGUAGAAAAGUUGAAUUGCUGGAUCUGAUAUCUCUAAAACAACUUGGGACUGAGCUUUUGGAGGUCAAACUGUUUCAUAAAGCAUAGAUAUGGAAUCACAGGGUGUUUGAAUAGAAGAAUAAUUUUG